AUGCAUUCCUCGCACCGCCAGUUUGGCUGGUACAACCUUCUGGUUGUCCUCGGCAUCUCGUUGUCGUCGCUGUCAUUCGGCUACAGUGCUGCCGUGAUUGGCACCAUCACCGGUCAGCCCACGUUUCUGGAAUACUUCAAGCUCACCGGCACCUCGAACGGCGAUGAGCUCCUGGGAGCCUGUGUCUGCAUGUACUACGUGGGUGGGUUUUUCGGGUCUAUCUACGGCGCCUGGGCGUCGGAUUACUGGGGCAGGAAGAACUCCCAGAUCCAAGCCGCCAUCAUUGUCGCCGUCUCUGGUGCGUUGCAAGCAGGCUCGGUGCACGUCGCCAUGUUCAUUGUAGGAAGGUUUCUUUGUGGAAUUGCUGGCUAUAUGGUUUUGACCGGUACACCCGCGUGGAUGGCUGAGCUGGUGCCACCCCGUCAACGUGGGCAACUCAUGGAUACACACACCGUGGUUCUCAUCGCGGGAUACUUCGCCACGGCGUGGGUUGGCUACGGGUUUUACUUUUAUUCGGGCUCCGUGCCCGCUUUCAGACCCAUCCUCGCCAUCCAAUGUGCCCCCCCGGUGUUCUUCCUCGCCGUGGUCUCCUUCCUUCCCGAAUCUCCUCGCUGGUUGAUACUCCGCAACCAGGGCGAUGCGGCUCAUCGGAUUCUGCGGCAGCUCCACUCGACCGAGGCGGCGCCCGGUUCCCUGAGCCUGGCCGAAAUCGAAUACCAGCAGAUUACGCGCCAGAUCGAGCUAGAACGGGGCCUCGACACAUCGUUUCUGGGCAUGUGGAGGAGCGGCUGGCCGAAUCGGAAGAGGAUAAUCUUUGCCGUGGUGUGGCCUUUCAUGACCGUCGGCUCAGGCAUCCUUGUGAUCGCCAAUUAUGGUCCGCUGCUAUACUCCUCUCUGGGUUACGGAUCGGCCAAACAGCUUCUCUUCAAUGGCAUUUGGAUGAGCGUCACCUGGUUCGCGAACAUCUGCGCGCCAUUCCUGAUUGAUCGCUUUCCCAGGCCCGGGUACGCCGCCACCGGACUCGCUGGGUGUUUUGCCACCCUCGUGGCUGAGGCUGCAAUCAUCAAGAACAUCGCAGCGACCGGAUCCGAUAAUCGAGCAGGGCUGGAGGCCGGAGUUGCUAUGUUCUUCAUCUACGCCUGGUUCUAUGGCUCAUGCCUGGACGGGAUGCUCUUCGUCUGGAUCGGCGAAGCGUUCCCGACCCCGUUGCGGUCCAAUGGAUAUCUGAUUGCCAUGGUCACCCACGCACUGGCAAAUACUGCAUGGCUUGGGGCCGCACCAACCGCGUUCGCGACGGUCGGCUGGCAAUACUAUCUGCCCUUCAUCAUCAUCAGCGGCCUUGCGAUGAUCAUCGUGUUCUUCUUCUUUCCGAAUACCAGGCACCUUGCACUGGAGGAGAUAGGAGCAAUAUUUGGAGAUGCCGACCACGUUGCAGUGUACCAGCAGGAUAUCUUAGACGAGGGUACUCAUGAGCUUCAUAUCGUAAGCAAGGACAAGGGAGAUGAGUGAGCUCCUACCAGGAGGAAACCCCCGGGAGGGCUCGUACAUGGCAAUACCCUCCACGAGGUGGUGGUUGAGCCCCAGGAUGUAAAUAAUAGGUCCGAUAUCUCGCGGCACAUCUGUCG